AUGGUCGGCAAAGUUUCUGAGAGGGUUCUUUUGAGGGAGGGGUUGGAGAGAACCGACAAUGGCAUGAGACUCACCACCUGGCCCGAUGUCGCACCGAUCAAUCAAAAGAAUUACUACACUGAUUACAUGAAGCGAGAUGACCAAGUGCUCGCCCUUCGCCUUCAAUGUGAUGCAACGCGAGACCGGCUGGUCCAGAGCGCCCGCGACCGCGAUCGAAUCUUGUCCAAGCCACCAAACGGCGACCUUCCCUUGCCAGUCCCAGAUCUUGCCGACGAGGACGGCGCCGGAACUCCUUCUGGCGGCGUGGAUCCCACGCGAAUCAUCGUCAUCCAUCCAGGCAGCCAAAAUUUUCGAAUCGGCUUUGCCAGCGACGCCCUGCCGAGAACGAUACCCGCCGCUUUGGCGACAACGUUCCCCCAGACCGAGUCCGAAAUGUACGAGGCUCUGCCGCGGAGGCAGUUUGAAGCCAAAACGACGGACCAGCAGUACGGCGAGGAAUGGUCCAAGAAGUAUUCCAAACUCUGCAACGAGCUCAAAGUCGACAUGAGGGCCAACAAGAGAAAAGUGCUGCCCAACUCCAAGGAGCUCGUCCAGACUUUCAACCGCCGCACCGAACCAGAGGUCAUCGAAAAACACAACGAUCCCCUGGAGAUUGAGUGGACGGACGUGAGAAAACGGCAAGAUGCCGAGCCGGCGGCUUCAUGUUUCAUCGGAACCGAUGCUCUCCGGGUUCCGGACGACUCGAACCCCAAGUUCAAGCUCUGGUGGCCCCUACGCCACGGGUGGUGGAACGAGGACGACUACACCAGCCAGGAGCACCUGUACAAUGAUUUCGAGACCUUGCUGGACAAGGCGCUCCGGAAAGAGCUCGGAUUGACCACCAACAGCGAAUGGCAACAAUACAGCUGCGUGUUUGUCAUUCCCGACCUGUACGACAAGCGAUAUGUUGAGCAGAUACUUCGAUCAUCCAUGAUAUGGUUCGAGUUCAACAAGGUUUGCUUCGUGCAGGAGAGCAUGGCGGCAACGUUUGGCGCCGGAUACACCGGAGCCUGCGUUGUCGACGUUGGUGCGCAAAAGACGUCGGUCACUUGUGUCGAAGACGGGCUUUGCAUCGAGGACUCGAGAAUCAACAUGAAGUAUGGCGGAUACGACAUCACCGAGACAUUCGUCAAGAUGAUGCUUUUCGACAACUUCCCCUACCAGGAAAUCAACCUGCAGAGGCGGUACGAUUUCCUGCUGGCCGAAGAACUGAAGAUGAAGCACUGCACCAUGGCUCAGGCCGACAUCUCGGUGCAGCUGUACAACUUCCACGUCCGAGCGCCCAACCAGUCCACCAGGAAAUACACGUUCAAGACGUACGACGAAGUCAUCCUGGCUCCCAUGGGGGUUUUUGACCCGUCGAUAUUCGACAACAGCACCAAACUUCGAGGGCGACGCAAGCUGGUGGAGAGAUCCUACAACGCCUACGAAGUGGACGUUCCGGACGACCCGGCCUCGGCCGCCCAGCUCGCCAUCCUGGCCUUGGUCAAGCCGUCCAUCAUGUCGGCGACGACUGGCCUCGCACAGCCGCAUCCCCAGCCAGAGGUUUCGACGCCGAGCAAGGAGCGCUCCCAGUUCAGCUUCUUUGGCAGGGGCGAAAACGGCACCAACGGGACCCCUGCCGGAUCCCACGCGGGGUCACCUGCGCCCGAGGGGAACGGCACCCCAGCACCUUAUAUAUUCGGCGCUGGAAAGGACAGCCUCAACGGCGACAGCCCUGUCCCCAGCGGGGCCCGGGCAGCAGGGACGCCGAUACCCGGCCAAGUUCCCCACGCGUCGCAAGCUCCCCUGGGAACGCCCGCGGAUCCAGACGCCCGAAGCGCCACCUCCAUCGCCGCGGAGAAGGAUGCCAUACUUCCCGCAGCGCCUCUCGACGUUGCCAUCCUGACCAGCAUCCAAAACGCCGCCAAGGGCGACGACAAGAAGCUCCGGGACUUGCUAGGCAGCAUCAUGGUCAUUGGGGGCGGGUCCAAGAUUCCCCAGUUCACCGUUGUCCUGGAGGACAAGAUCAAGGCCAGACGGCCGGACCUGCAUGACAAGAUCCUCGUCAGCCGCAGCGCCAGAGACAUGGACGAGCAGGUCGUGGCGUGGAAAGGGGCGAGCGUGUUUGCCAAGCUUCCCACCAACGACUCGUGGAUCACGCCCUUUGAGUUUGAGCGCCUGGGUGCCCGGACGCUUCACCACAAGGUGCUCUGGGCUUGGUAG